UUUAACACAUCCCGUUGAAGGCUAAGUUGUUUGUUAGCUUGAGAGAUAAUUACACUUUAUUAGGACAAACUUCACAUUUUGAUAAUAAGUAAAGGAUCAUUAAUGAAGAAAACGUUGAGUCAAGAAGUUUUUUUUUCAGGGGCCUCCAACUGCGCGAAAGUGGAAGAAAACGGAGAUAUAAAGAAAGAUGGUGCUUUCAUUUCUGAGCUGGUAUCCAGCAGUAUAUCCAAACUUGGACGUUUUGGCAUUGAGCAGCAGCACAUGUACCACAGUCUUUCUCUACCUAGGCAAAACCUCUGUGAUAUAUCUGUUCUAUGCAAUUACGUCCAUCUCCAAAAGCUGGAACUCCCACACAACAAAAUCAAAGAUUUAUCCUUUGUGAGCCACAUGCCAAACCUAGUCUUCUUGGAUGCUUCUCACAGUGAAAUCUCCAACUUCUUUGAAUUCCAACCACCCAAGAACCUACAGGAGGUAAAUUUCUCCUAUAACCGUAUGACAAAAAUGAAGGAUUUGACAUCCUUUGUAUCCCUUCGUAAACUGGAUCUGGACUACAACAGUUUCACUGAGAUCUUUGGUCUUGAGAAAUGCUGCAGACUCGCUCAUCUCAGUGUGGCACACAACAAGAUCUCGUGCAUCAGGAAAUUGGAUGGUCUGCCUCUCAGAUAUCUCUGCCUUAGGGGGAACCAGCUGGAAAGGAUUGAAAGUUUAGAUAAUCUGAAGUGCCUGCAGGUUCUUGAUCUGUCUCUGAAUCGCAUCACUAGUCUUUCAGGGCUCCAGAACCUCCACUUGCUAAGCUCCAUCAACUUGGAGAAAAACCAGAUAAAUGAAAUUGAAGAGUGUAAAUAUAUUCAUGAUCUUCUGCUGUUGAGGGACCUCAAUCUGCUCAGAAACCCUGUGCAGGAGCAGCCUGAUUACAGAGAAGCAGUCAUCUUCCUCCUUCAACAGCUGACUACUCUGGAUCAAGAGGAAGUUACUGCUGAAGAAAAGGUAGAAUCAGUAAACAAGUAUGACCCUCCAGUGGACGUGGUGGCAGCCAGGGAUCACAUGACCCAUGUAGUGUAUCAGCUGAUGCAGCCCCAGGUCCUUUAUGAAAGUACAUUGCCCAGUGCAGACUCUCCCUACCCUAUGCUGGUGCUGACAGGUCCCCAAGGCUGUGGGAAAAGAGAGCUGGUUCACAGGCUGUGUCAAGAGCUCAGUGAAUAUUUUGGAAAUGGAAUUUGUCACACCACGCGAGGGCCCAACUUUGGAGAGGAAAAUGGAAAUGUUUACCAUUUUGUCAGUGAGGAAGACUUUCAGAACAUGGUACACAUGGGUAAGUUUAUCCAGACCAUGCAGUAUGGAGGUCAUCGAUACGGCCUCACCAGAGACGCAGUAGAGGACGUGGCCAGAGAAGGACUGUUAUGCUGUCUGCAUAUGGAGCUGGAGAGUGUGUUCAGUCUAAAAAAGAGUUACUUUGAGCCCAGAUACAUCCUGCUCAUCCCCACCAAGGUGGAGAACUACAUAGACCACCUUAGAAGCUGUGGACUGUCCACCCCAGCACAGAUUGAUGUUGCACUGUCACGUGCAGAACUCUAUGCCAACACCAACAGAAAGCAUCCAGGAUUCUUCGAUAAUGUCAUUCCCUGUGAUGACUGGGAAGAAGCCUUCCAGACGCUGCAGCAGAUAGUAAAGGAGAACCUGUUGCUAGAGGAGGAGGGAGGAGAAAAUAAUAGCAAAGCGUUCCCAGGCAGCACCUCCAUUGCUCAGAAUCCAGAGGCUAAGCCACUGUCAUCACUGUCAGGGCCAGGAUCUCAGGCACUCGUGUCUGACUCUGCGACAGCACUGCAGCCCUCUGGUUCUUCCUACAAGCCCUAUCCUACCAAGAUCCAGCCAGAGCUCGCCCUUCAGAAGACCCCUGCAGAGCUGGCUUCCAUCAGGAGACGAGAGCAGCUGGUGAGGGAGGCUGUAGUGGGGAAGAGUCCAUGGGUCUACAGCCAGCUUUUCAAAAGUUCUACUCAAACAGCACCGUCCUUGCUACAUAUUCAGGACACUAAUGCUAACUUUCAGGAGGAUAGCAGCAGUUCAGAUGAGCCUUGUGCAAGCUCAUCUCUGUCUGCUCCUAGCUCAGCUGGGGCCUUAUUGGAUACCCCUGUACUGGAACCCGCUGUGGAAACAAUCAAAGACCAUGCAUCAGGUCAAACACGCGAUGCCCCACAUGCAGGAACAGACAACCUUUCUACAGUCGGGUCUCUGGCUGACAGUCGUCCAGGAUCCAAUGUUAAGGCCAUCCUGCCACCGAUUCCCAAUGGGCGCAAGACCCCUGCAGACCCCAGUCCACCUGAUUCACCCAGAUUCAGCCAAAACCCAGCACUCGAAGAAGGCAGGGAUGUAAAUGUGAAAGCAUAUUUUUUUUUUAGGCAGUUUUGUUUUUUUAAACAACAACAAUUUUGUUAAAGUUACAAAAAAUAACUCGGUAAAUAUAUGUAACAUUAACAGAACUUCAACUACAAGCUUGGCUGUCUGUUACUGCAAAAGCCAGCUGUUAACCACACAGCCAUAUGUUUCCCCUGAAAACUGCACUGGGAAGUGAUGUGUCCAAGGCGUUCGGAGUUAGAUUUCACUGUCAGAACUCGCCCAUCCCUGUGAUCUAUCACCCAUGCUGCAACUUGCCUAGAUAGUUUGCCUUAUUGUGUCAAUGAGACAUUAUAUGUAUUGCUAUCUAUCAAGUGGAUGCAUUACAAUUACAGGAAAAGUUGUACUUCUCAUUUAUAGUUAAUAACAUUAAUAAUGUCCAGGUAUACUUUAGUGUCACAAUAAAUAUGAUGGUAUCCUGAAGAAAACAGCUCUUAUCUCCUUUUAAAUGCACCUUUGUGACUAAAGAUCCUAGAAAAAGAAUAGAAAGUGUAUGGUACAUGUCAUGUUUCUUCAGUUUAGUACUCAUUUUCUUGACAGUGAAAAGGUAUUGUAUUUCCUGCUGCUCAGUUAUCUCAUCAAGUAGACUUUUCCAGUGACAUCUAGAUGCUCGUCUUAUAUGUGGAGCAUGACGCUCUUGUCAUUGGAUGAUAAAUACAUCAUUAAUCUUUAUCUUUUCUGAGGAGAUUAUUUAUUCAAGUGGAAAUACAUUCAAAUGGAACUUGCUGACAGGUAUUAAAGAGUGCUCUAUCACAAAUAAGUUGCUGGGUUUUUGACGUAUGUGCUGCAUAGAGCCACACAUUCUGUUAUAUGUCUCUGAAUUUGGCACAGUGAUAAUUAGUGAUUACAGUAAUAGAAAUUGUCAUUUGCCACAGAUGUAUGCAUAGCUUAUUUAACGGGUACCUCAGCCAGUUUGCUUGUAGGUGCAUCUAAACGUACGCGCAGCAUGGAUCUUUUGUUUCCCAGGUUGUAUGUGUGUAUGCAACUCAUCCACACACACACAAUGCGCACCUGGCCAUUCAUCACUGUCUGUCUUCCUCUGAGGCAGCAGAUGUUGCAGCCCUGUCAUAAUUCUUUGGAAGUUCGAAGCCAGACUGUCUUUAGGGCCUCUGGGGCUCUAACCUACUUACACUGCAGUCUGCACCUCAGUGCAGCUUAUCUUGGGCUAACAUGUUGUCUUUCUGUACAUUAACAUUACAUUAGUUUGGUAGGUGUGUGAACCUGUACCAAGAGAACU